GGGGAGCUCGCUUUCCUGCACAAAGCAUGUUCGAUGUGACAAAGAAAUUGGGGUGGGGUGCUGCAUGCCUUUAUACACUACACCGCCCCCCCUAGAGCGGGGAUCGUCUCUUCCUGGACACCCCUGUAUCUCUUAGCAAUAGAUUCUCCCUAAUCUAUCAGCAAAUCAUCCCUCCCCACAAUUGUGGGCAAAUGUGAUUUAACCCAUGUGUAGUGGUGGGAGGGCCCACUCCAUGCGUAGGGGAGAGAAGAGGGCAUGCUUGAUAUUGAGGGUCUCUGUACCUGUCUUAGUGAACAGCAGGGAGGAGUCUUUGCCUGUACUGUAUGGAUUUCCUAGCGGCUUCUGUACAACAAUAGAGGACUUGGGAGCAGGCAUGGUCUUCAUCCUUAUGCAGUAGGAGGGACCCGUAUAGACUGAUGUGAUGCUGUACAUUGGACUGCAUUUGGCUCUAACAUGAUGCCCGGUAUACCUUGGAUAUUGUGGGAGAAACUUGGAUAGCAUAAGCACAGAAUAGGACGCGUGUGAAGGGCUGCACCUGGCAGCAUUUCUACAUAGGUGCUGGAACCAUGUCUGCCAUGAUGCUGAGGAAAAAAGUCACUCGGAAAUGGGAGAAACUACCUGGGAAGAACACAUUCUGCUGCGAUGGUCGGGUGAUGAUGGCUAGACAAAAAGGCAUAUUUUACCUAACCCUGAUACUCAUCUUGGGCACUUGUUCCCUCUUCUUUGCUUUUGAGUGUCGCUACCUGGCUGUGCACCUCUCUCCAGCAAUACCUGUCUUUGCAGCAGUACUUUUUCUAUUUGCCAUAGCUACACUCUUACGCACAAGUUUCAGUGACCCUGGAGUCAUACCACGGGCAUUGCCUGAUGAGGCAGCUUUCAUAGAAAUGGAAAUAGAGGCAGCCAAUGGAAAUGUGCCACAGGGACAGCGGCCACCGCCCCGUAUAAAAAAUGUUCAAAUUAACAAUCAGAUUGUGAAGCUGAAAUACUGCUACACAUGCAAAAUCUUUCGCCCUCCUCGAGCCUCGCACUGCAGUAUCUGUGAUAACUGUGUCGAGCGCUUUGAUCAUCACUGUCCAUGGGUGGGAAACUGUGUUGGAAAGAGGAAUUACCGUUACUUCUACCUCUUUAUACUAUCUUUGUCCUUUCUUACAAUCUACAUCUUUGCCUUCAACAUUGUCUACGUUGCUUUAAACUCCUUAAGCAUUGGCUUCCUUAACACACUGAAAGAAAGCCCAGGGACUGUUUUGGAAGUGUUUAUCUGCUUCUUUACCCUGUGGUCUGUUGUGGGAUUAACUGGUUUUCACUCAUUUCUGGUGUCCCUUAACCAGACGACCAAUGAAGAUAUAAAAGGAUCCUGGACUGGUAAAAACCGUGUUCAAAAUCCAUACAGUUAUGGCAAUCCUGUAAAGAACUGUUGUGAAGUGUUGUGUGGGCCUGUGCAGCCAAGCAUUCUUGAUAGGAGAGGCAUUUUGAAGGAACAGGCUGGGGAACUGGGACAAAAUGAGCAGGCAAAUGGGAAUCCACAGCAGGAUCCGGUUUCUGCUGCUCCUUUAAUGUCCACCGAAUCAUCAGAGAAUCCUGCAUCGCCAGGGAAAGGCAUACAAACUAAUGCUAUGGAGAUGUCUGUUCAGCACCCCAAACAAUCAGAUGGGACAAAAAUCUAGGAAAGGAAAGAUUGAAAACUUUUUUUUUUCCAUUGAAAAAGGCUAAUAUUCCAGAUGAGACCAUCAGGAGGAUCCUAUAUGCCAUUUUACUUUAGUAUUUUGCUUGUAUUGAUUAUGAAGGUGAUGUCGUUUUGAAAGGAAAAUUAUCAUAGCCUGGGAAACUGCUCAUUUAAACAGAUGUCAGGUGCUAUUUGAAUAUGCCAAUAACCUAAUUUGGGAGAGAUUGUCACAGCAAGAAGUCAGCCGGACUGGUCUGCUAUUUUCUUCCCUCGGGAGCUGUUCUUCACAUUGCAUCUGAAUUCUCUGCCCCUCUGGAGAGCAGUGAACAUUGACAAUGUCUCUGGCUGGCCAGACCAUCAGAGUGGUGUCUACAAUAGAGGGACUGGAUGUGUCCAACAGCUGGAUACCUGUUUCUUCCCCAAUCCUACAGUGGCAACGCUGGUUCCUGUAAUGGAUAAUCUAAAAUAUGCACACAUUUAUUUUGCUUGCCAAGCCUAACUGCAAGAUGCUGGAAAAACAAAGCUCCUGGUUGAUGCACAGUAGUUUCCAAUAACACCAGGUCUAGUGCAAUAUUUUACUGCAGUAUGGACUGUCGUGGGUCAUUAUUACUGCAGUUUGGCUUUAUAUAACUCCAGCCCCAGUACACACAAACACACACACUCUUACACACAUUAUUUCUUAAUUUAUCUCUUCUAAACGGUCAUGCUAUAGUCUCAUUUUGAUGUAUGUUUUAUUCAUUAAAACCCCAAAACAGCACCUUGUCAGAUAUACAGUAGUAGCUCUGCAGAUGUAAAGAAAGCUGGCUAACUAUGAACGUCAAUCAAAUGGCAAUAUUUGAGUUUUCAUUGAUUUUUUUUUUUUUUUUUUAAUGGCCGGAGGCAUCCACUAAGAUACAGGAUUUUACCUUUCUAGUAUUCCAGCCUUCUUUAAUAAUUUUGUGCUACAGAUAGUGUUAAAAUAAUUUAUUCUUAAUACAGUAUUUUGUUUUGUCUUAAUUGCAGAAGUUCUCCCUUUUUGAAUGCUAUUAAUGAUUUACUUGCUCAAGAGUUCCUCUUGGAUGUAAGGUAUUUAACUAAGAAGAUAAUCAUUAGUCUAAUUAUGCACCUCCUUAUAAGCACUACAGGUUCUUUGUAGUUAAAGGGAAAGGGUAAUGAGCAGGUCAUGGGCCAUAAUUCUCACCUAGAAUGAGAGGUUUUUUUAGGUAAUAACCAAGAAGCUGUAGGCUUUUCAUGAGAUUUUAAGGGUUUUAUUCUGCAUCAUGUGUCCAUAGCCCUGUGCUGUUGAAUUAGCUGGAACCUCUGCAUUCUUUGAUGGUUUUUCACUUGUCAGAGAAUGCUGGGAGCCAAGUCGGCAAUAUGUGAAGAGUCUUUGUUAAGUCCUUGGAAAGGAAUUCCUAUGGUAAGCUAAUGCGUUUCCCUUGUAUAAGUGAUAACUGGUAGUGUUUCAGAUUAAUAAUUAUAUUUUAUGGUUGGAUCCAUUGGUUUAUUCCAUUUGAUUUUGACAAUUUCCCCAGUGAAAACAUGUCUCCUUGGAGCACUAAGAUAUUUAGGGUGCUCAGUGUUGCAGUGAAUUACACUUUAAUGUAUUUACCAAACCAAUAGUUUAUGCCACAUUUUGGUCUGAUAACCAUGCUACUGUGUUUAUUUUAAACUCGAGUGAAUACAAAAGACAGAACACAGUAGAAUCCGGAUAGAAAUUGUAGUAAAAUCACGAAUUAUUCAAAACAUUAAAAUCUCCAGCAUUAGAGCAGCAUAUCUCAAAAAUUGGCUGCCCGCUUGAUGAAUCGGCGGGGUGCCAUGAAACGAGUCAAGUGGGCAGACAAUUUUUGAGAUAUGCUUCGUGAUUUUACUACAAUUUCUAACUAGAUUCUACUCUGCUCCGUCUUUUGUAUUCACUUGAGAUUUGAACGCAUUGCAUGGGAUGGCGGUGGACAUGCAGCACGCACAUGUAAGCCGUUUAUGGUCUUGUAAGUGCUCUCACUUAAAUUUUUGUGUGGGACUGUGUUUAUUUUAAGGUUGGCUUGUUUUUUUUUACCCCCCUUUAAACAUCUAGUGAAUGUGUCAGCCAUAGUGGAUUUCAAUGUAUCACUUGGGAUUUAUACAAAAAUCUGCCAUUAUAGGUCUUUUCAUUUGCUGCUUCUGUCUCCAUUGUCAAAAACAAACACUGUUCUCACUAAAGCACACCAUUCAGGUGUAACUUGGUAUAAGCAGUAAUAUCUUUAGAUGAUAUGUCAAAGUGCAAAGAAUCAGUGGUAAAUUGGUUUGUGCUAAUGGUUUCUGUGCUCUGUCCUGUUUAGGAGAUGUCUAUGAAUAAUGAAAUAUAAAUUUCAAAUACUGACACUAUAACGUUGUUAGAAAUUCAGAUACAAAUAGCCUCCAGUUCCUGAUUGGCCCUCAUAGUAGGUGCAUUUCUUUGUUCUCUUGUCUCAGGUAUUGAGUUCCAUGAGUUGAUGUUAAAUAUUUAUGGAGCACUUUUUAUAAUUCAGGUUUUCCUCCAUCCGGGGGGGUUAAGUGACAAAAUAUAAUGUGUUACAUGCUUCCCAGAAGUUGUCCCUCUUGUCGCGCUCAUAACCUGAAUAAAUAAAGGGCUUUGCAUGACUAUCAAUCUUUACAUUUAUAUACUGUAAAUCCUUCCACAAAACAUGUGGCUUGGCCAUCAAUUCCAUUAGAUUAAACCAACAUACGAUCGUCUUUAAAAGCCAUCUGAACAUGUGAAAACAGACUGAGCCAUAAAUGUGUAUUUGUUGUGUCCAUGUGACUGCUCAGUAUGGUUUUUGAUUGGUAAUGUGUUGUAAGUUCCAGAGGCAGUGGGGCUCAUUUAUCAACACUGGGCAAAUUUGCCCAUGGGCUGUUACGUAUAGCAACCAAUCAGUGAUUAGCUUUUUAAAGCCAGCUGCAGGAAGAACAAUGAAUGCAGCAAUCUGAUUGGUUGCCAUGGGUUACAGCCCAUAGGCAAAUUUGCCCAGUGUUAAUAAAUGACUUCCAGUAUUUUUUACUUAACUAAUAAUCCAUACUGUAUUUGUUGAACUGAUGUACAGCCAGGCUGUGUUAUGCUUUAGGACUGGAAUAUCAAACUCUUGUGGUGUGUUAGGAGUUACAGCUCAACCCCUACUGAUGAGCCUCGAGUAGGAUAUUCCAAUUUUAGGAUAUUGUUCUUGAUUUAAUUAGUGGAAUCUUUAUUCUGUGACUAAUUCUGUCAGUUGUAGUGCAGCCACAGUUUUACAUCUGUUUAUUAUGUCGUUUACCAGAAAAUGAACUAUGCCCUAAACACAUCAGGAAACCACUAUCCCUACAAUUUUCCCCUACUUAGAUACUUUUCACACACACUUUAGCCAGUGCUUAGUAAAAAUAUACGUUUAUUUCAUUUUGCUAGACUUCUAUGUAAAUUUGUACCCCUUCCUUGUGUUUAUUUUUUACCUUCCAGAUGUUUGGCACACUGUGGUCUAUUUGCUUUUUGUACAUAUAUUAAAUGUAAAUGUUGAUAGAGGAUACAUGCAUGGCAUCGACCCCAGCCUUAAUGGACAAUAACUUAUUUAAACGAAGAUAAAAUGCCAAGUUGAUAGUUUUAAGGAUAUGCAGUUAAUACUGGACAUGUUUACACAUGGUGCAUCAUAUUGAUGAUGUAUAAUGUGUCCCGUGACAUGAUACGUCAUAGAACUUAAGAUGUAUAUGUGGGGUUUUUUUUUAGACCUUUGAGGGAACAAAUAUUUAUAGCAAUCCUUCCUCCCUCAGCAUUCAAUGAAAAUAUACUGUUCUAGUUUGUAUAAGUGCUAAACUUCCUUUGGUGCUCCAGCUUUUUGCAGAUCCACAACUUCCAGGGCUUUCUGGCUAGUGGGGUACAUAGUAGACACAAUGAAAUAUCAAGGUUUGAAUCUGAAUUCAAAUUUUUUUUGCACAAAAACCUCACGAAUUCUAAUUAUUUUCAAAAACUUGAUCUGUUAAGUAAAAAAAAUCGAAUACUCGGAUGUAAAAAGUCGGCAUCUAAAAUCUGGCCAGUUCAUGUAAAAGUCAAUGGGAGUUGUCCUAGGCUACAUUUUUUUUUUUUAAGUCUUUAUUGUACUUUUUUUAUUAACUGGGGAUACAGAAGGAAGAAAAUGGGGAGGG